ACAAGCAAGCUGGUGGUUGAAGCUGGUUAAAGAACAGCCUAGGUAUUCCAGAAGUGUUUGAGGGUCCCUUCCAUGAGGGAAGAGAGGAAAGUUUACAAGUAAACCUCCCAUGUGUCUUCAGCUUUCUUUUGCAAAGGAGAAAAUCCUUGAAGUUUGGUAAAGACCAAGUUAGUCUAUUUCUCUUUGCCUAUCUCGAGUUGGGCUGGGGAGAAGAGGAGAUAGGUUCUUUUGUCUUUUUCUGUCCUCUCCCUUCCCUACUUCCUUCCCUCCAGUCCUCACUCGCUCACAUGCACACACUAACCUUGGAGCCGAUGGGAUUGAGUGACUGGCACUUGGGACCACAGAGAAAUGUCAGAGUGUUUGGUUACAGACUCAAGGAAACCUCUCAUUUUAGAGUGCUCAUUUGGUUUUGAGCAAAAUUUUGGACUGUGAAGCAAGGCAUUGGUGAAGACAAAAUGGCCUCGCCGGCUGACAGCUGCAUCCAGUUCACGCGCCAUGCCAGCGAUGUUCUUCUCAACCUUAAUCGUCUCCGGAGUCGAGACAUCUUGACUGAUGUUGUCAUUGUUGUGAGCCGUGAGCAGUUCAGAGCCCAUAAAACGGUCCUCAUGGCCUGCAGUGGCCUGUUCUAUAGCAUCUUCACAGACCAGUUGAAAUGCAACCUUAGUGUGAUCAAUCUAGAUCCUGAGAUCAACCCUGAGGGCUUCUGCAUCCUCCUGGACUUUAUGUACACAUCUCGGCUCAAUUUGCGGGAGGGCAACAUCAUGGCCGUGAUGGCCACAGCUAUGUACUUGCAGAUGGAGCAUGUUGUGGACACCUGCCGGAAGUUUAUCAAGGCCAGUGAAGCAGAGAUGGUUCCUGCCAUCAAGCCCCGUCAUGAAGAGUUCCUCAACAGCCGCAUGCUGAUGCCUCAAGACAUCAUGGCCUAUCGGGGUCGUGAGGUGGUGGAGAACAACCUGCCACUGAGGAACGCCCCUGGGUGUGAGAGCAGAGCCUUUGCCCCCAGCCUGUACAGUGGCCUGUCCACACCGCCAGCCUCUUAUUCCAUGUACAGCCACCUCCCUGUCAGCAGCCUCCUCUUCUCCGAUGAGGAGUUUCGGGAUGUCCGGAUGCCUGUGGCCAACCCCUUCCCCAAGGAGCGGGCCCUCCCAUGCGAUGGUACCAGGCCAGUCCCCGGUGAGUACAGCCGGCCGGCCUUGGAGGUGUCCCCCAGCGUGUGCCACAGCAAUAUCUAUUCACCCAAGGAAACAGUCCCAGAAGAGGCACGAAGCGAUAUGCACUACAGUGUGGCUGAGGGCCUCAAGCCUGCUGCCCCCUCAGCCCGAAAUGCCCCCUACUUCCCCUGUGACAAGGUCAGCAAAGAAGAAGAGAGACCCUCCUCAGAAGAUGAGAUUGCCCUUCAUUUCGAGCCCCCCAAUGCACCCCUGAACCGGAAGGGUCUGGUUAGUCCACAGAGCCCCCAGAAAUCUGACUGCCAGCCCAACUCGCCCACAGAGUCCUGCAGCAGUAAGAAUGCCUGCAUCCUCCAGGCCUCUGGCUCCCCUCCAGCCAAGAGCCCCACUGACCCCAAAGCCUGCAACUGGAAGAAAUACAAGUUCAUCGUACUCAACAGCCUCAACCAGAAUGCCAAACCAGAGGGGCCAGAGCAGGCUGAGCUGGGCCGCCUUUCCCCACGAGUCUACACUGCCCCACCUGCCUGCCAGCCACCCAUGGAGCCUGAGAACCUUGACCUCCAGUCCCCAACCAAGCUCAGUGCCAGCGGGGAGGACUCCACCAUCCCGCAAGCCAGCCGGCUCAAUAACAUCGUUAACAGGUCCCUGACAGGCUCUCCCCGCAGCAGCAGUGAGAGCCACUCACCACUCUACAUGCACCCCCCGAAGUGCACGUCCUGCGGCUCUCAGUCCCCACAGCAUGCAGAGAUGUGCCUCCACACCGCCGGCCCCACGUUCCCUGAGGAGAUGGGAGAGACCCAGUCUGAGUACUCAGAUUCCAGCUGUGAGAACGGGGCCUUCUUCUGCAAUGAGUGUGACUGCCGCUUCUCUGAGGAGGCCUCACUCAAGAGGCACACGCUGCAGACCCACAGUGACAAACCCUACAAGUGUGAUCGCUGCCAGGCCUCCUUCCGCUACAAGGGCAACCUCGCCAGCCACAAGACCGUCCAUACCGGUGAGAAACCCUAUCGCUGCAACAUCUGUGGGGCCCAGUUCAACCGACCAGCCAACCUGAAAACCCACACUCGAAUUCACUCUGGAGAGAAGCCCUACAAAUGCGAAACCUGUGGAGCCAGAUUUGUACAGGUGGCCCACCUCCGUGCCCACGUGCUCAUCCACACUGGUGAGAAGCCCUAUCCCUGUGAAAUCUGUGGCACCCGUUUCCGGCACCUUCAGACUCUGAAGAGCCAUCUGCGAAUCCACACGGGAGAGAAACCUUACCAUUGUGAGAAGUGUAACCUGCAUUUCCGUCACAAAAGCCAGCUGCGACUUCACUUGCGCCAGAAGCAUGGUGCCAUCACCAACACCAAGGUGCAAUACCGCGUGUCAGCCACUGACCUGCCUCCGGAGCUCCCUAAAGCCUGCUGAAGCAUGGAGUGUUGAUGCUUUCGUCUCCAGCCCCUUCUCAGAAUCUACCCAAAGGAUACUGUAACACUUUACAAUGUUCAUCCCAUGAUGUAGUGCCUCUUUCAUCCACUAGUGCAAAUCAUAGCUGGGGGUGGGGGGUGGUGGGGGUCGGGGCCUGGGGGACGGGGAGCCGCAGCAGCUCCCCCUCCCCCACUGCCAUAAAACAUUAAGAAAAUCAUAUUGCUUCUUCUCCUAUGUGUAAGGUGAACCACGUCAGCAAAAAGCAAAAUCAUUUUAUAUGUCAAAGCAGGGGAGUAUGCAAAAGUUCUGACUUGACUUUAGUCUGCAAAAUGAGGAAUGUAUAUGUUUUGUGGGAACAGAUGUUUCUUUUGUAUGUAAAUGUGCAUUCUUUUAAAAGACAAGACUUCAGUAUGUUAUCAAAGAGAGGGCUUUAAUUUUUUUAACCAAAGGUGAAGGAAUAUAUGGCAGAGUUGUAAAUAUAUAAAUAUAUAUAUAUAUAUAAAAUAAAUAUAUAUAAACCUAAAAAAGAUAUAUUAAAAAUAUAAAACUGCGUCAAAGGCUCGAUUUUGUAUCUGCAGGCAGACACGGAUCUGAGAAUCUUUAUUGAGAAAGAGCACUUAAGAGAAUAUUUUAAGUAUUGCAUCUGUAUAAGUAAGAAAAUAUUUUGUCUAAAAUGCCUCAGUGUAUUUGUAUUUUUUUGCAAGUGAAGGUUUACAAUUUACAAAGUGUGUAUUAAAAAAAAAAACAAAAAGAACAAAAAAAUCUGCAGAAGGAAAAAUGUGUAAUUUUGUUCUAGUUUUCAGUUUGUAUAUACCCGUACAACGUGUCCUCACGGUGCCUUUUUUCACGGAAGUUUUCAAUGAUGGGCGAGCGUGUGCCAUCCCUUUUUGAAGUGUAGGCAGACACAGGGACUUGAAGUUGUUACUAACUAAACUCUCUUUGGGAAUGUUUGUCUCAUCCCAUUCUGCGUCAUGCUUGUGUUGUAACUACUCCGGAGACAGGGUUUGGCUGUGUCUAAACUGCAUUACCGCGUUGUAAAAUAUAGCUGUACAAAUAUAAGAAUAAAAUGUUGAAAAGUCAA